UAAUAUGACAUGCGCUGUUUCCGGUGGGUCCACCCGGGGGCGCACUAACGCGUCACCAUGUUUCUAUAGCGCAGGCUGUAGGCUACUAUUUGUUAUUAUUUAGUACUGUAAUAUGUGGUAUUGGACGUGUACGUGUGGAUUCUCAGGAUGGAGCAGAAUAAAUAAAGGGUUGGGAGAAUUGUGCAGGCUGGAUAACACCGCCUCAUGUUACGUUUAAUAAAACCCCAAAGAAAAAUCCACUCGGUUAGUGCAGCCGCCAGCCGGAAGAUAGGGCUUUCCCCCUUUCCCCUCCCUCUCCUUUUCUCCAACAAGUCAGUCUGUCAGCGAGCUAGGACAAAUCUCACCACAAGGCUUUUCAGCAGCAAGUGAAGGAGACAGGAGCACGAAGCGCUCUACUAAAGCCAUAACCCACCGGGAUUUAGCCAUCCAGCACCACCGCACACUCAUUCUCUGCCUUUUGCCUCUCUAUUGAGCGCAUUAAUCAGUGUGCUAGAGUUUAACAUUUAUUUCUGCUUUCUUGGUUUGGCUGGUUGUUUUUAUACACAUGCCCACAUCUGAGCCCUGCACGCCAGGCACGAUCGGUUUCAUCGAAAUCCAGUGCGCAAGAAGCAGCCGGAGCGAGUGAAGCGCUCAGAGCGCUGAGGAAUAGCGAGGAGAGCGCAGGAGAGCAAGUGGAGGAGAGAAGAGGAGGAAAAACAAGGAGAACAAGACAGGCACCGUCGCGGUUUGCUUUCUGAGAAUGUAACUUUGCGAGGCCAAGAAGCGCAUUUCGUUUUAAUCACACAUCCAUCUGUUCUCAUGCUUUGAUUUUUUUAUUAUUAUUUUUUUUAAUUUUCUAAUUUUUUGCAUCCUUCAUCUCUUGGAAGAAAAAACGCAGCAGAAGAAGGAAGGGACGAAAAAGGGUAAUGGGAAGGAAGAGAGAUCUUGCAGCCGAAGACAGCGCGAGAAUUUCAAUAAAAUUAGACUCUUGCCAAUUGUAAAGCUGACAACCCCGGAUUAAAAGCGACUCUGUGUCAGGAUUGGUGCUGUUAGUGGAGUUUUCUUUCCACGACUGACAGAGCACAGACUUUGAGGAAAGAAGAUAAAGCCGACAAUUAAGAAAUACUAGUCUAGUCGUUUUGGGGCUUUCUGUAAAGUGUGCCUUUACAGAAUAUUUAGUGGGAUUUCAUCUGCUUCAUCUCAGAGCGGAUAAUCCAAACUCGACAGUAAUAAACCGUGCGGGGUUUUUGUGCCUUUGGUGUUGUGUUGAUAUCCAUGCGGACACAUUGCGCUUUAACGCACUGACGGAUUCCCCCUGUAGCCUUACUGAGCUUUAGGCUUUGUUCCUGAAGGCUUCCUCCUGCUGUGUUCUGGGGGAAAAUCUCCUUUAUCCAUGAUGGGGGAACGCAGACCGGGUUCUGGGCUUGACAUGGCGAGUCCGAGCUGUGCAAACGCGCUGGGAUUUCUGCUCAUAUUAUUGGUGGAUUUACUCGGAAUCACGGCGACGAACAUGGAGCCAAUCUACUGGAACUCCCUGAACAAAAGGUUUAGUGAUGAUAGGGGUUAUAUCCUGUACCCCCAGAUAGGGGACCGUCUGGACCUCAUAUGUCCUGCUUCGGACCCCCCAGGACCCCGCGCUCCAGCCGAGUAUGAGUACUAUAAGCUAUACCUGGUGUCCUCCCGUGAGCAGGCAGACAGAUGUGAGGUGACAGGAUCUCCAAACCUGCUACUCACCUGCGACAAGCCCAACAGUGACAUGCGCUUCACCAUCAAGUUCCAGGAGUACUCGCCCAACCUCUGGGGACAUGAGUUCAAAACCAUGCACGAUUACUACAUCAUCGCCACAUCGGACGGCACGCGUCAGGGGCUGGAGAGCAUGAGAGGAGGAGUGUGUGCCACACAAGGCAUGAAGGUGGUGCUGAAAGUUGGACAAAGUCCCUACGGAUUGCCCCCAAAAUCUGCCAAACCGGACCAGCCAGGUCAUACUAACACCAGAAACCAAGGAGGCAGUGGGAACACAACUCUUCCUAGAGUGCCUGGUGGGGGCGGAGCCACAGCAGGCGGUGCAAAUGGUCCUCUCCCCGCCUCCAACAUUGCCGUCAUCGCAGGAGCAGCUGGAGGCUCCGCCUUCCUCCUUUUGGUCACUGCAGUUAUUUGUGUGGUGUGCUACCGCCGGCGGCACUCGAAGCAUUCAGAGUCGCACCACCCGCCGCUUUCUCUCUCAUCCCUGACCUCACCUAAGCGCGGGGGUGGAGGAGGGGGUGGCAACAACAACGGCUCUGAGCCAAGUGACAUCAUCAUCCCACUGCGCACUUCAGACUCGGCCUACUGCCCGCACUACGAGAAGGUUAGUGGGGACUACGGGCACCCAGUCUACAUUGUGCAGGAGAUGCCACCUCAGAGCCCCGCCAACAUCUACUACAAAGUAUGAGGACGGGCGCACAGCAUUAAUGCCAGCCUGCAGUGCCCAGACCACGCCCCCUCACCUACUACCUAAACCAUAGCAGUAUGAACCGACUUCUCCUGUAUCUCUGCAGUCUCAGUUCUGACUGUGAAAGCCCCAAACCCUGUGACUGAAACCCACUCUCACCCACACACACACACACACAUACACACAAACAGACACACACGCACACACAUAUACACAUAUACACACGCCUCCUAAACCUCUGACUCUUGUAAUCAGGAGGAGCGUGUUUUAUGUAUUGAGAGAAAAUCCCUGUGUGAGGGCUAUUUUUUCUUCUUCUAAGAGCAUGCAAAGCUCUCAUAACAUUAAUCCAGAUCCCUUGGAGCAAGAGAGAGAAGCAAUAGCUUGAUGUCUCUUGAAGGUGUCCCUGAGAAACACACCGUAAAAUGAACCAUUGUGAAGUAACGGCAAAAGUGAAAUAAAACAAACUAAAAAAAGAGAGAAACUGAAAGUAAACUGACCCUAGAUGAUGUUACCUGAACUUGAACACUACAAUAACUCACAAAUAGCAGUUUAGUUUGUCCCAUUUGUGUUUGUUGUUCCUCGGAUAAGAGGAACCUGGCACCUGGCUCAGCCAAUUACAAUGCAGUGCUGCCAUCACAUGACCCAAGGCCCUGCAUUUGAUUAGAGGAGCCAUAGCAUCGCAUUGAAGAUCUUGUAUAUUUUAAUAACGUGUGUAUUUUGUGAGUGUGUAGGGUAAUAAUUAUGACACUGCUGUUGCACAGUGCGACAGUGAGUGCGCAUAUCGUGUGCUUUAGUUACAGUGUGUUGGUGUGUGUGUGAGUGUGAGUGAGUGUGUUUAUCUGUGAGAGAGCAUUGUACCUGAGUGAAUGUGAGUUAGACUGUUUCAAAACCAAAACACAAAAAACGAGCGAAUAUCAAAAAGUGUUUUUUUUAUCGCUUUCAUUCAAUAUAGAAUAUAAUUAUAUAUGAAUAUUCAGUAAAAUUAUUUCUAGAUGUCCUUUUCUUUUUUCAAGAUGUAAAACACCAUAUCUGUUUUUAGACCAUUUUUUUCUGCUUUUCUUUUCUGUGCUUUACAAAGAGCUGACCCUGUUUCUUCUUUGUACUGUAAGUUAAUUUAAUACUUUGUAUUUCAUUUCACGAAGGUUUUCUGUUUUAUUUUGACCCCUAGUCAUUCCUCAUUUCCCAGGAGUCUCCACUCUCCAUGUAUAUUUUUAUAGCUCCUUGUACAAUGAUGUAGUUUUGAAGCUAGACCUCGUUUUGUGAAAGUGUUGAGGUAGAGGCACAAUCUGAGAAGUUUUUUUUUUUUUAAUGUGCAAAGACACUUUCUUUUUUACAAAAAAAAAGAAAAAAAGAAAGAGGGUGGGGGUAAAGAAAAGAAUGCCAGAGCUGCCUAUGAAGGAAAGAGAAAAGAUGAACAGACAGAAGUGCAGGGUAAAGACAAAAAGUGAUGGGUGGGGGGGGGGAUCCUCGAAGGAGGUCGUCAGGAUGGGGGAGGAUGAAGGGAUGGAGGAACACAGAAGGAGAGAUGGAGCAAUGGAGGUGGGUUUUUAACAGACUCUUGAAAGAGGUUGUGUGAAACAGGGGCUUGGGAAAUGCAGGAUUCUCAACUACACAGAUGGAAAAGAAAGGGGAUUCACUCGUUCUGUCUCUCAGUUGGAGAGAUGGAAAUAGGCUUUCGUACACCUGCUCGUACUUUUCUGAGGUGGAAAUAUUUGAGGCUCAGUUCAAAUUCUUUCACUCUCUCACAACACAUCUUAGUAUAAUACAACACAUACACACACACAUUCCACAGCUUCAGAAAAUGAGAAUGCACUUGAAAAGGCACACAAGUCUUUCAACACACACACACACACACACACAGACACACUGAGUACACAAUCAAAAUCCAUUCUGGAUGUCCGCAUAGACGCUGAUUACCUGAAAUGAAUUCUGAUUGGACUCUCACACACAAACACACAUGCACACACAUUCAGAUUACACCCAUGCAUUCCAGGACUAAAGAACACACACACCAUGUGUGUGUCCGAUUGUGCCAACGAGAGUCUCAUAUUUUCAGAAUGUGCUCUUUUACAUUGCUGUGUGUGCUGACGCUAGAAGAUGGUCGUUAAGGUAAUGUACGCUACUGCUCGUGUUACAGUUAAUCAGUAUAUCAGGUUUCCUUACUUUAUGUUCAAAGCUGCAUUGAGACAGAGGACCUCACACACACACACACACACACACACACACACAGCCAAAUCCUUGAACCUUCAGGCCUUGCACCACAUUGCCAGUGUGUUUAGUGCUCAAGGCGAGACUUGUUUAGAACCCGGAUAUGAAAAUUACAGAGUUUUUGUACGAGUGUGUCAGAGUUGAUCUGGUGUAACACUGCAGCAAGUGAACAACAUUGUUUUGGUGUCAUGUCAAUAUUCUCUGUUAAAUCUUCACAAUCAAGUUGUCAGUGUUGCUUUGUUGUUAAGUGACAAAUAAGUAUGGUGCAUUUAUUUGUUGGUCAGCUUUCAACGUUUCUGUUCAUUAAAUCCUGAUUUUCGUAAGCCAUGUUUCUUUCCUGUGGAUGUGGACUCAUGAGUGUGUGUGUGGUGUACACACACACACAUGCAAACCCCAGCAUCUGAGGACUAUUCAGUGGCCAAAAGCUGGUCGAAGCUUAUUGAAGAGUCUUAUCGAACAAUGCGGCCUCCUGAACGCAGAAGACACCUCUGGAAAUACGAACAUGUCUGGACUUUGUUUUUCCAUGUUGUUACAUUUCUGUGUUUUUCCUUUCAGCCUUUCUUCAUGCGCUUGCUUUCAGCCAUGGAUGCUGAGACCUGUGUUUUGCAGGCAGACAAAAAAAAAGAAAAGGAAUCAAGAGGAGUGUGUGAUUUUUUGUAGAGAACGCUUCAGUGUGUGCGCGUAUACAUGUUUCUCUGUGCCAAUAGCCAGCAAGUGACGGCCAUUUUAAGGACCUCCGCUCCUCUCCUGUUGCUGUGUUGAGACGUUUGUGGGACAAUGCAUUUGUGUGUGAGAUGUUUUCUUUUCUGUGUUCAUCCUUCCAUCCUUCUCUCCCACUCUUACCACUCCCUCUCUUUCUUUCCUUGCUUUCCCUCCACCCCAUACACACCUCUUAGAAAGAGAGGUUAAAAAACUAGUACAUUCCUUUGAAGAAAUGUUGAUUAAAAAAAUUGCAAAAUUUGUUUAA